AUGAUCCGCGAAAUGUGGCGCAUCGAGUUGGGCGUAGGCGUUGGACCCUUCCGUCUCGGUGCUUGUAUCGCUGAGGUGCUACACGCACUCAAAGGACGCCUUCCUGUUCGUCCGUUCGAGAUCUCGUAUGACGCUGUCGACCCCUACAAAUGCGACGUAGUCGUGGAUUCUCCCGCAGACGGAUUUCGAUUAUACUUUGAUCCUGUGCGACAGAUACUCAAGUUGAUCGAAUUUUACGAUGUGAAUUGCGUGGCCCUGAAAUUUGGCCGCGUGGUGAUCUUUGGCGGUGAUAUUGCUGCCACCUUCAUGUCCGUCUACAAUUUGUUCGGGCCUACGUUCCCUGGCCAAUACGAUGCUGCUGAGCAGUGCUACGUAUUGGGAUAUGAGGGUGGCUGUGUUAAAUUUCCAAUCCCAGCUGAGUUUCGCGAUUUAUACCAGAACGGCACGGACUUGCCGAUUGAGUUUCCGAAUGGUGCCACUCCAGCAGCUACCGGACUCAUGGUGUUUGUGGGUGGCAAUUAUCAAUCUCCUGGACUUCCGACGCCAACAAAAAAACACUACUUUGAAGAAAUCGACGCAGAGGUUAGCAAAGAGCACACGUCGCUUCUUUUUACUGGCCGAAAGCAGCGUAUUCAGCUUGGGUGGUCGCCUCAGGAGGUGAUAAGCGAGCUUGGCGCCCCGGUCUCUGUCUUUCGAAAAGCAGAAGACCCAGAUGAUGGAUCUACCAUCGCUGGUGGUCUAGUCAGCGACUACUUCCAUAACUACCCUCACUUGGGACUGGACAUUAUGUACGACUCGAUGCAUCGGGCGCUGAAAGUCAUAUUAAAGACGAACGCACUGGGGCACCCUGAUUUCGGCGCCUACAACAAGUGCAACUUCAGGCUCAGCGUACAGUCCUCUGCUCUACUCCAGGAUCGUGGCUUUUCUGAGCCAGCAAGCUUCGAGAUCACACCUCAAACACCGUGGAAGGACAUCCGCUUGAUGUUCGAAAGAGAAUCGGACCUGCGACCUAUCAUCCACGACAACGGAUUGGGCCUUCACCCGUUUGGCUCAAGCUUGUGUUACUCACCUACACCAGGCUGCAUCUUCGAAGUGAUGAGGAACGGCCUCAUUGCAAGUGUCACCCUCACAUCCACGAGGUAG